AUGAGGCUGCUGUGGCUACUACUGGCAUGGCUGGCAUUUGGCGACGCUUUCGAGAGGAGCAAGUGCGGACCUCAAAUAGAGGAUGAAAACAGCAGCAGCAGCAGCAGCAGCAGCAAGCGCAGUGUAGGAUACCUCCGAAUUGACCGCAAUGUCACCAGGACGGCAGCAACCACGACGGCUCUGGCGAAACGGAUGAAGCAGCCGGAAGGCACAUCAUUGCCAGCACUAUACGAUUUCUACGGAAAGGAGCUCCCAUAUAUUUCGAACACGAUCGUGACACGCGACAAGACCAAAAAGGAUCCGACCUGGUUGAGUGCGGCAUUGAUGCUGGAAUAUGACCGGACCCGGCGGAGGGAGUUUAGCACCGGCAUCGAGGGCCUCAAAGGGUGCACCGCCCUGUAUAUCAUCAGCCGCAAAGCGGUGUAUGGAGCACACUACUGGGAAAGUGUCUCCUUCGCUCCGGAAAAGAUAUGGCUGAAUGGAGACCCAAAGCUUAAAAAGCAAGAGUUGUUUGAGCUUACUGUCACCGAUAUGUUGAAGAACGGAGGGAAACUCCACGCCCCACUCGUCGCCGACAAGAUAGAGGAUGACCAUAUCAAGGCCUACCUCAUCCGUCCAAGCAAGGUUUUCAGGCAAUUUAAAAAUCCACAAGCGUCCGACUACACUAAACAGUGGAAUCAGAUCAAGGCCACAGUCGGCGAACUGGUGCCCACGCUUGCAGACCCUGACCGCUGGUAUGAUGUUAAGUACUAUCCGGCGGCAAAUAACAAGGAGCUGGAUAAAGUUGGAUCAGUCAGAGGAAAGAGUCUCUUCAAAUUUGACAAAGCUGACGAAACAGAAGGGGGCCAUACACAGAAAAAAGCCAUGCUAUGGUUUGAAGACAGGCUUGUGCAUGGGGAUGCAUGGUAG